UGAACUCUCGGCUUUUCUGACCACCGCGGGUAAAAACUAAAAAGAAGAGAUAUUUAUGUCCAGAAGAGACAUACAUAUAUGUACGGAUAAACGCGAUUCCGAGAUUUUCUAGGGGCUUCGAAUCAAAUCUCAUGACUUCAGAUUAUGGAUUGGAUGUUUCAGCUGAGCUUGAAUCUGCUUCUCAAUUGAGAGCUGCUCAUUUCUUUUCAACACAGAGGCCUUGGCUUGAUCUUUAUGGUGUUUACAUUAAACCCGUGGUGCCUUAUGGAAGUGCAAUCAGUAAAUCCUCUAUUGAUCCUGCUUUGAUUCACCGAUACUUGCCUGAAGAAUUACUUUUUGAGAUUUUUACAAGAAUGAGCCCAUACACCUUAGGAAGGGCUGCUUGUGUCUGUCGAAAAUGGAAAUACACGAUCCGUAACCCUGUAUACUGGCGCAAUGCAUGCUUAAAGGCCUGGCAGCUUUAUGGAGUUGUGGAAAAUUAUAAGCUUCUCCAAUCAAAAUAUGAUGGUUCAUGGAGGAAAAUGUGGCUUUUAAGGCCAAGGAUUCGCACUGACGGUCUAUAUGUCAGUAGGAACACCUACAUAAGAGCCGGGGUGGCUGAAUGGAAGGUUACGAAUCCAGUUCAUGUGGUCUGCUAUUUCCGCUACAUGAGAUUUUAUCCUUCUGGCAGAUUUCUUUACAAGAAUUCAUCGCAAAAAGUCAAGGACGUGGCCAAGUUUAUGAAUUUUCGCUCAGCGAAAGUAGAGGGUGUUUAUAGUGGCAGCUACACAUUGUCAGAAGACAAGGUGGAAGCUGCUGUCUUAUAUCCUGGUUUACGUCCAACUGUGUGGAGAAUCCGCUUAAGGUUAAGGGGUACAAUUGUUGGGGCGAACAAUCGGAUGGAUCUGCUUUCACUCGUGACGAGUGGAGUGAAUGACACUGAUAUGAUUGGCCUUGAUGAAAACAUUCUUGAAAUCAUAGAAGGUUGGGAGGAGGAUGAAACACACAACCCUGACGUCCCAGCUAUUUCACAUAAGAGGGGUCUGACCCCUUUUGUAUUCAUACCCUUCGAGGAGGUGGAAACAUCAGUUCUGAACUUGCCUGUGGAAAGGAUGGACUACUUCGUACCUGGUUAACAGAUGGAACAGAAAAUGCAUCCUCUAAAUGUUCAUGUAUAUAGACAGACUCAUCAUCAAUCAGUUGAAGCUUGAUAAUAAGUAACUGAUUGUUUAGUGUUGCUUUAAUCAACUCUUGACUCCGACAAUUGUGUUACCCACUAUGCCAUGUGCAUUUUGGUAGCCAAUCUCCAGUCUCUGUUCUAUAUAUGUUGUAAAUGUUGCAUCCUAUGUAAGUUGCUGACUGAGGUACUUGUACAUGUGCUCAAUCUACUUGGAGUCUGGGCAGCUUAUACUAUCCUAUUUCUUAUACGUUUCUA